CACACACACACACACAGUAACACACUGCGAUUGUGAGAGAGAGAGAGAGAAGAAGAAGAAAUUAAGAUGGAGCUGAAAGUGUACGCCGAUCGGAUGUCCCAACCUUCCCGUGCAAUUCUUAUUUUCUGCAAGGCAAAUGGGUUAGAAUUUGAGGAGGUGCCGAUUCAGCUUGCUAAGAAGCAGCACCAUUCCCCUGAAUUUGCAGAAAUAAACCCCAUGAAGCAAGUUCCAGCAAUUGUCCAUGGAGAUUUCAAGCUUUUCGAGAGUCAUGCGAUACUUAUUUAUUUGGCUUCUGCGUUUCCCGGAGUUGCUGAUCACUGGUAUCCAGCCGAUGCUCGCAAAAGAGCGAAAAUCCACUCGGUGCUCGAUUGGCACCACUCAAAUUUGCGCCGUGGUUCAGUCGGAUACAUUUUCAACAACACUAUAGCACUAGCAUUUGGUCUGCCGUUGAAUCCAAAAGCAGAAGCCGAGGGUGAAAAGCUUCUUUUAGCUUCUCUUUCGACUAUCGAAUCUCUUUGGCUUGAAGAUGGCCCGUUUUUGCUCGGAAACUCUAAACCUUCCAUCGCCGAUCUUUCUUUGGUUUGCGAAAUCACGCAACUUGAGUUUGCGGAUGAGAAAGAUCGCGAGCGUAUUUUGAGUCCCCACAAAAAAGUUCUGAAGUGGAUGGAAGACACAAAGAAAGCAAGUGCUCCUUAUUUCGAGGAAAUUCACUCGUCGAUGCCACCUGGCAUAGCGCAGCUAAAGGCAUUGAAGGCGCAAGUAAUUAGCCAACUAUCAGCUUCAAAACACUAAGAUGCAAUUAGCUAGAAAAUUUCGAAGCAUGCAUAUUUUGUGAUGCAUGUUCGAUUUUCUCGAGCUCGUAUAAUUGCAUGAAUUUCUAUGUUAGCGUGCUGCGUGUUAUUUAUUAUACAAUGUUGUUUAUCGGUUUCAUCGUACUAUGCAAUAAAAAUAUAUAUAUUUUCUGCAAAUUUGCUUUGCAAGAACGUUAUAU